CACUAAGCGACGGCCGCCAUGUACGCGGCGGCUCCGAGCAGCAGCAGGGUGGCCGCCGCCGCCGCCGCCUUCUUCAUCGUCAUCUCCCUCUCGCCGCAGCUGCUCGUCCGCCCCUUCGGCGCAUCGACGACGGUCCACUGGGCAGCGGCGCAGGAGCUCGGUAGGCGUUUCCGGCCCCCGUUUACACGCGCGCGCGCAGGGGCAGCGCCGUGAGUGACCGACCGAUCGAGUCGGCUUUAUUAUUUGAAUGCAUUGUUACCGGUAGGAGGUCGUUGUGUCAUGCAUGCAUGCGCUCGUUCGUCCUUGGGACACGCUCCCCGUGCUGCUGUUGUCUCGUCUGUGCAUGGUUUUGCUCGAUGCGUUGCGCGCUGGAUGGCUGGGGUCGGUGGAUGAAGACGAGGAGGACUUCAGCUACCGGCGGAACGCCGGGAACGGGCCGGCGCGGUGGGGCUUGAUCCGGAGGGAGUGGGCAACGUGCAACGUGGGCCUCCUGCAGUCGCCCAUCGGCCUCUCCGACACCUUGGCGGGGCUAGCCGACCGGUCCGGCCGCCUGGGCCGCUCCUACCGCCCCGCCGCCGCGUCCCUCGUCAACCGCGGCCACAGCAUUAUGGUACGGGUGUAUAUACUUUGGUUUGGUGGCCGGUCUAUUUCGUCGUCGACCGUGGUUAUGACCAGCGACGUGCUCUGCGUGUGCCUGCACGCGCGUGUUCGAUCAGGUAAGGUUCAACAGCAACCCCGGCGGCGUGGUGAUCGACGGCGUGGCGUACCGGCUCCGGCAGAUGCACUGGCACGCGCCGAGCGAGCACGCCAUCAACGGGCGCAGGUACGCCCUGGAGCUGCAGAUGGUGCACCAGAGCGACACCAACAGCUGGAGCGGUACAUCCGGAGGAUCGCGAGGAGGAAGAACCACGAGGAGCUCAUCGACGAGGAGGUGGACCCGCGGCGGCCGGUGAGCCGGAGCACGGCCUACUACAAGUACACGGGCUCCUUCACGACACCGCCCUGCACGGAGGGCGUGACGUGGGUAGUGGCGCACCAGGUCAAAAGGCUGUCCACGGCGACGAACGUGUGUGUGACGCGGCGCCACUUACGUCCAGACACGGCGGGUGACGCGGCGCCAGGUCAGGCUGCUGCGGAACGCCGUCCACGACGGCACCAGGAGCAACAGGAGGCCACUCCAGGAAGCCAACGGCAGGGCCAUCACCUUCUACUACACCUCGCCGGCGCACGGCCGAGGGGCGAACGGGGACUAGCACGCAUUGCAAGGAGACGGCCGGCGGAAUCUUGGCGUCCCCGUGCUCCUUUUCUGUCCAGGCGACACAGGCCAUGGCCAAGCAAACUCUUGCAUGUGAUCGAUGUCCGACAGUGUUAGGUCAGAGUGCAGACCAAUUUUUUUUUUCUCUCCAGCGAUCAUCAAUUCGUUGCGGAGUAAUGCUGUAGUGCGAUUGCAUAUUUGCAUUGGCAAGUGAGUUUGUGC